CGUUGGUAGCUGCUCGUGAUCUGCCUUCACUUCCCAGGCGCGUCGAAAGAGCAGUGUCCGUCAGGUGAAUGUCCUGUUGUCCUUUAAGGCCCUCACGCUGGUCCCUGAACACACUGGGGAUGGAGCCUUGCGCUGUGAGGAAUCUUGGGGCUGGGAUAACACGGAACCGCGCCUCCUGCCUGCCAUCCUCAUGAGGAAUAGGGCUGAAAGCUUGUGUGUUCUCCAGCUUCGAGAUGGCGGCUUUUCAGGCUAGUAUCUAAACAGCCCAGGACUCCCACCAGCUUAUUGGACCUGAAAGUGAAAAUAAAAGAGUCAUCAUGAAAAAGAUCUCAAAGAGAGGAGAGGAGAUUUUUAAAAAGAUGUCAGGAGCAGCGUCCAGUGGUACAGAAGAAAUGACGGACAGGCAUCUCUCAAAAGAUGCAGAAGAAAAUCGAAACAUAACAGAGACACUGAGAGGCAAAGUAAGAGAAAAACUAAAAAAUGCUAAGAUCAGUCAAGGCGAAAAGUCCUCAGCUCAGCUGUUCACUGAUACAAAGAUUCAUCAGUGGUCUAAGACUGAAGUCUUGCUGGAUGAAGGUCUCUCAUUUUUUGUCCUGAGUGGGGAAGAAGACUCAGUCGUGAGCCGGUCUGCAGAGCAGAAAUCAGUCAAUGAUAGUUACUUCAAACCCUCUGCAUUUGGUGAUAGUUCACAAAACGUUGCUCAGGGCCAAGACGAGGAUUUUGUGGAAGAAGUCAUUCUAAUGGAUUUAUUUGAGGUGAAAGCUGCAGAAUAUGAAGAUGAUCAAGAGCAGAUACAAAAACAGGAGGCAAAUAUUUUUUUGCCAAGUAGUUCUCCAGUGGCCAACCAGCAUAAACUGCCCAAAGGCAUGAUGCCGCGCAUCCUAGAAGACGAAGGAUUCUAUACUAAAGAAAAGCCAGUGAUGUGUAAAAAGAUCUGCAACAAAAUGGAAAACCGCCUGCUCCAGGAGGCAAGUGGAAAAUGUUGGUUCGAAGAAAGUGGAGAGAUAAUGUCAUUGCCUUCACCUAUUAGACAAUCUUGGAAUUUUAGGAUCAGCACGAGCAAGGAAUCUUUGAAUCCGGCACUGAAGACUGUACUCAGGAAGGCAGUGAAAUCUGACCUGGGAUGCUGUUUUAGGAACAGAAUGGAUGGUCAAAGGGAAAUGUACCAAUUAGAUCUUAACAUUGUGGGCUUGCAGUUCAGCCAUCACCCGCUCUUCAAUCAAGAACAAGUCCUAUGUGCCAGGCUGCUCCAGCUCUGUGAGUCUUUCCAGGACAGGCAGAAGCAGAGUUUAUCUCAACUGCUCUAUGAGAAGCUCAAAGCACUGACAGAGACUACCAAACGCGCUAGCAAAAACACAGAAAUAAACCAGUUUACUGGGGAAACAUUACAAGAUUAUUACUGGCAGAUAAGCGACACAAAGCGACUGUACGACGCAGAAAGGGAAAAGGACCAUGCCCUACUGCACAGUGUUUUGCAAACUUGGAAACAGAUGAAAUCUCUCCGGCAGAAGCAAGGAUUUACAAGCACCCCAGUGAAACUGCAGUUUCAUAGGAUAAAAAUGAACACAUGGAAUGAGCAGAACCAAGCAGGAGUGUCUGGGGAAGAAAGUGAAGAAAUGCCACUUCAGAAUGGAGACACACGGGAGAGAUGCUCCUAUCCAGCUUCAGACCUGGAAAGAAUGGAAAUGGAUAGACUGAAGCCAAUUACACCAGUGCCAUGGCUUUCUUUCUCAGCAGAGUUAACCAACGUAUCCAAGUGUUCAUUAUAUGAGCAAAAAAGGAGAGCCAAAAUUCAAAAGCUCAAAUAUUUUAUCAAAAUAUUCUACAAUGAUAAGCAGGUUUCUUGCACUUCCGUGUCUCCCCUACAGCUUGAUUUUAAAGUCAUGUUUCAACAGAUUUUUAACAUUCACCUAUUAUACUGGCCCGAAACUAUUUGCUUGGAGGUUUAUGAAAUAAGCAAAAGGACAAGUUUACUGGUUAAAAUCUAUCUGCCAUUACCUGACAAGACGGAGCUGAAAGACAAGACUACCCUGGAAUAUACAGAAUUUAGUUCCGAUAAACUGGUCGCACCAAUGGAUGGAGGUGUGGGGAGCAAUGUGCCUUUUAAUCUCGAGGGAAGUGAGAAUGAAGAACUUUGCCUUUUAACCUCAGGAAAACUCAGCUAUUCCCUCUCAUGGGCUUUAGAUGACAAUGGAAUCCCUUUGACACCCGUAUCACAGUCAUUGCGAUCUGCAUACUGUAGUGUGCUGAGGAAUGUUGAUGCCAGAGGUGUUCCUGGACUCUCGUGGCCCGUGAACUCUCAAAAGCUUUCUGACUGGGCAGAUGACAUCAGGAUCGAUCCAAAUAAUCCGGAGUGUUCAGAUAUAACAGAGCUUAUUAUGUAUUUGAGACAUAGAGGGCAGGAAAUCCCAAAAUAUUUCCGUCUCGAGCAGUUGCAAGAUGAAUUUAACUUUGUGUCUGAGGAAGAAAUGAGAAGGAGCAAACGCUUCCAGCUGCUGCAGCUGAGAAACGCCGGCCAGCUAGAUCUCUUCCUUCUGCAGCAGAUGCCUCUCUACGACAAAGAGAUUCCAGACAUAGUCUUCCAGGAGUAUGAAAGUCAGGCACAGAAGGAUAUGCCCAUCUCAGAUGUGAACUCUAUCACCGCACAAAGAAUUAAUUCUGUCAAUUUCCUGAGAAAGGUGAGAAGGUUGAUAAUGAAAAAAAUCAUCAAAGUCAGCAAAUUUAACUUAUCAGAUAUUGUGGCUGACUAUGAAGAAAUUGUAUCUACAAGCCAGUUGACAGAUGCGAUUUGUAAGUUCAUUGAACCACGAAGGAAGUUAAAGCCUCAGAGGAAAGAAAGAAGAAAAGUCACAGCACAGAGUGUCUCUGAUGGGGAUAUAAAGAUUCUGGUCAGGAUCUUGAGAGCUUACAACAUUCCUACCAGAAAAAAAGUAGCUCAUAGAACUUGGGGUACGUCUACUUACUUGAGGUCAUCCAUGUCUCACCACAGACAUCAAGAAGCAAUCAAAUCUGUAGCCUCGAAUGACUUCUUAAAUGAGGGUACUGUGCACCCUUUCAUAGAAGUUUCUUUUCAACACACUGUAUAUCAAACCAAUACUGCAAGCGGAUCUCAUCCAUGCUGGAAUGAAGAAAUCAAAGUAGAUUUUAUCUCACCAGGACAUGAUUACAGCUUCUCUAGUUUAUCGAAAAUAAAAGAUAAUAUACAUAUCAACGUUUUUGAUGAAGUGGUAAUUGAGAAACAUGAGGACCAUUGUCUUAAGAGCUGCAGUACUCACUCCUACAUACAAAAGAACUGGAUGGGCUCUGUCAGCUUCCCCUUCUCAGCUCUUCUGCAACAGUCUGAGAUUAGCGGGACAUUUCAAGUGAACAUUCCGCCUGUUUUGCUUGGGUACACCUGGAGUAACACUUACAUCCCUCCUAGAGAAGACUGCAGUGGGCAGAAUCCAAAAGAAUGUACAUUCCUAAAUAUUUUUGCUACAAUUGAACCUCAGAUAUCAUAUAUCACGUUCAAUCCAAAACUAGAUGAGUUUUCAGAUCAAAUAGACAUUUUGCAGCGAGCACAGACUUUUGCCAGGAACUGUAAAGCCAUGUUUCCCAACCGAAGAGUUGUGACCACUGUUUUUAAUGGCGAAGGGAUGCAGGUCUUUGUAACAAGAUACAUCAAGGCGUUGAAUCCACCUCAGCAGCUUCUCGAUAUAUUUCUUCAGGACUUGAAUGCUACCCUUAACCUCAUCGCACGAUUUGUAUCUUUGAUUCCUUUUACAACAGAAACAUUGGAUGAGAAUGAUGGUUUUGACAUAUGGAUGACAUCAGAGUGCUGCAUCAGUUUGGCGAUUGGAAAUAAGGAAGAACAUGCCAUACUUCUCUGUAAUUUCUUUCUGUACUUCGGAAAGAAGGCAUUGGUGCUCCUGGGGACCUCAGUUCUAGAAGGGCAUGUGGCUUUUGUAUUAACCCAAGAAACUGGAGAGUCUUUGCUUUGGAAUCCAUCAACGGGACAGUGUCAUAAGCAGUUUGACCCAUUUUGCCCCUUGCAAAGUGUGGAUUGUUUGUUCAAUGAUAGAAAUGUCUGGUUUAAUAUUCAACAAAAUAAUACACCGAUGGCUGUGCAUUUUGACUACUCAAAAGAAAGCUUCUGGAAACAGUUGCUGCCAAAAGACUUCCCAGGGACAAAAGCCCAAAGUGUACAGCCUGAAGAAAUAGUUUAUUCUGACACUGAUAAAAGCAUGGUGGAAGAUCUGAAGAGCAGGCUGGAGAGGGCUUUGAAGUGUAAAAUGAUGGAAUGGCGGCCUAAACACCCCACACGCUGGAAUCGACAGUGCACAUCUGUCCUGCGACAAAUCCUUCCUAAACUAGAGUUUUACACGGGAAGUUUUGCCUCAUUUGAAGACAGUGAGUUAGAAAGGCUGCUACAGUUUUACUGGGUCACAGGAUUUCCCAUCCAGAUGCCCUAUACAGAUGUCCAAUCAGUCAUUGAUGCCGUCUACCAGACUGGAAUUCACUCUUCUGAAUUUCCCCAGACGGAAUUUGCUUUAGCUGUGUACAUUCAUCCAUACCCAAACAACAUACUAUCUGUGUGGGUCUAUCUGGCGUCCUUAGUCCGCUAUCAGUGAGCGGGAAGAAGGGAAAUGCAAAGAGCACUGUGGUCUCCUAGAUCCAAGAUGUCCUGUCACCUUGAGAUUUUGCUGUUUAUUUUCAAGUUCACCAAUGCUGGACAUAAUUUGGAUUCCUGAGUAGAGCUGGGAACUAGGAAGACCACACCUACCCUUCUCCAGGCUUUGAGGGUAAGUUUAGAUAUCUCCUUACCAACAUACCUCUUCUGGGAGCUCCUCGGGCAGUCUGGAUGCUUUGUGUAUCAAAGUCUACUUAGAUCUCAUUCUGGAAAGGAAGCAGUUCUGGCCUGCUCAAUCAUGGAGAUCACGCCAUCUCCAUCAGAGCCAUCUUGAAAGUCUUAUUAAGAAUGAAGAUUCCCAGAUUACCCAGGACUUCCUAAAUCGGAACUGCUGAGAGGAGAGCAGUAUUUCCAACAAGCUCCCAGGCAACUGUGAUCCCUGGGAUCACAGUGUGGAGGGAUCACAGUGUGGAAGCCUGACCUUGCAGAGUGUUGUCAGUACUAAUGAGACAUGGGUACAUUUGAUGCUCUUUCCGGUACAAUUCCAGGUAAAAAUUCCCCAGAGGGAACCCUGAGGUCAUGUUCCCGUCUGAAAGCCAGCAGGCUCCAGAUGUAAGAAAAGCCUGUUUCAGUUUGAGUCAAAGGGCCAGAAAACACCUAUGUCCCAGCUUAAAGAAAUUAAGCAAGAGGAAAUCCCGUUUACUGGAUUGGGGGAGGGCAAUCUUUGAUUCUACUCAAACCUCCAGCCAGCUGCAUGAGGACUGCCCACAUUCAGAAAGGCUGUCUGCUUUACUCAGUUUACCAAGUCACAGAUUCGCCAAUCCAGUGCUGCCUUCACUUGUGUAUCCAAGAUGCUUGAUCACAGGGGAUCCUAUGGCCCCGUCAGGUGGAUAAUAUCAGUCUACAUCCAUUUUAACCACAAGUAAAAAUGUAUGUAAAUUUUUAAUUUUGGAGUACUCACAGGUAAAUUCCAUAUUCUAAAUACUGCAAAAGUUUGGGCCCUAUUUUUGAGAGUAAAGACUCUCCUUAACAAUCUGCAUCAUAGUGGCUCGGCAACAGCAUUAGGAUCUUCCAUAGCAAGUUCAUUGCAGGUGUGAUCUGCCUCUCCUCGCCCUCUCCAGCUGCUGAGGGUCAGGUAUUUUAGAGAAGGAUGACAGGUGUCAGCGCACUAAGUCCAGUUAAUGAGCUUCUCCAAAUCUAAAUGGGAGGUGAUGGUGCUGUAGGCAAAGAUCCUGGGUGUGACUUCGUGGUUGCAGCGACUUAAAUAGUACACAGGCGUAAAUCUGUACCAAGGAAACAAGUCAAGAACAGGGCCCAGGGUUUCUGACCUCUAACGUUUGGUAUCCAAAAGAAUCUGAUGGAGCCCGGGAAGAAUCCUGAAUGCUCAGUAGACUAGAAUGUAAGACAAAAACAAGGUGCACAAUAUACCAUGGAAUCAGGUACCAUUUUACACACAAAAUGAGGCAAGGGGGUUACAUUUGUGCGAUGCUAUAAAGACCUGUAUGUUUCUGGGAAGGUAGAACAAAAGGCACAGCAGUAAUGGUGCCUCUGGGAAGAAGUGGGUCCCUGGAGGAAGGAAUCUGCUGGUCCUUACUCACUACUUCAUAUUGUUGAAUGUUUUGUCUUUUGCAUGCGUUAUUUAAAAAGUUUUUCUUUUAAAAGCAAUUUAAUUGUUCAAUUAAAUUUACUUUUUUAACUUUUAAAUACAUUUUAUGUAUGUGGUUUACAAAGUUUUGUUUUUGUGGUACUACAGCUUGAAACCAUUUGAUAAACACAAGCAUCAAGUAUAGAAAGCGUCAUGAAUAAUCUCCUCUGUGCGUUCCAAUGUUAGUGUCUAUGCUGCCAGAGCAUGGCGGCUUCCUAAACUGCCCAAC